AUGCGGGAAGUCGUGUGGCUUCUCCUGCUGCUCCCCGAGCUACGAGCAUGGACGGGCCAGGAGCUGAGCCUCCCCUUCGGGCUGGACAACUCGUUGGCGAAACCGAGGUUUUCGACGUAUUCCGGGGCCAAGGCGCGCGACAUCCACGUCUACGUCAUGAAGAACAUUUCGGAGAACACCGCCGUCGGCACCGUGCUCGACACUUUCAAGGCGCACGACAAGGAUCUGCCCGGCUUCAACUAUACG